UAAUAUCUCAGGGAUUUCACUCUUUCCGUCUUCUAAUUCUCCCUCCAAAACAAAACCUCGGAAGGGAAAAUUGGAGCGAAGGACCGAUAAAUAUGGCGUCGGCGUCCUCGUCUGACGGAGUUGCCGGAAGGAUUCAGAACGCUUCGUUGGUUCUUGUGUCCGAUAACAGUUCCACGCUUGCUGAUAUCCGAAAAGCUGUGGCAAUGAUGAAGAACAUUGCUGUUCAAUUGGAGAAAGAAAAUCAAACUGACAAGGUUAAGGAUCUUGAAAAUUCUGUGGCUGAGCUAUUGGAUUUGUAUAGUGAUUGUAAUCACCGUUCGUCAGCAAUUCAAUCCGUGGCAAAUGGGUACCAACCCGGGGAACAGUUAACGGACUUUAAAAAGUUGCUUGAUGAUGAAUUCACAAAACUCAAGGCUACACCUUCUGUGCCGCAAAAUGAGCAUUUGAUGCGCCAGUUCAGGGAAGCAGUUUGGAACGUUCAUCAUGCAGGUGAACCAAUGCCUGGUGACGAUGAAGAGGACAUUGUCAUGACCAGUACUCAGUGCCCUCUACUAAACAUGACGUGUCCCUUGAGCGGGAAGCCUGUCACUGAACUAGCAGAUCCAGUUCGCAGUAUGGAUUGCAGGCACGUCUAUGAAAAAGCUGUAAUCCUGCAUUACAUAGUCAACAAUCCAAAUGGGAAUUGUCCUGUAGCAGGAUGCCGAGGUAAACUGCAGAACAGCAAAGUGAUUUGUGAUGCAAUGUUGAAGUUUGAAAUCGAGGAGAUGCGCUCGUUGAACAAACAAUCUAAUAGGGCUGAAGUGAUUGAAGACUUCACAGAAGAUCUCGACGAAGAUUAGAGAUCAAACAUAUCUUAGACAGGGUUUUUGGCGCUGCAACGAAACAAGUUGAAGCCAUAUGUUGCUUAACUUUUGCUCUUCUUAGUCCAUUCGUUAUGUUUAUCAAACGUGAAGUCUGAUACCAAUUGUUUCCACUUUUGGAUGUAAAUAGUCAAUAUCUCUUUUUCGAUUCUGAAUUCAACUGCUCGUUUUGGCCAA